AUGUCGCAUGAUUUUCACCCAGAGCACCCUCUGGAGCUGUGUUUAGGCGAAGAAGAUGAUGAUGGGGAGACUAGAUACAUGGUCUGCUCUGGUUGUGGAAACAUGUUCAUUGGGUCUCGCUACGAGUGUAAGAAAUGUGAGAUCUACUUGGAUCUGGGCUGUGCGCUCAUGGAGAACAUCUUUAGGUGUUGGGACGCCACGGAGAAGUUCCAUGAUAGCCAUUGCCAUAUCCUUAGGAGGUGCAGACCAGGACCAAAUGCCAACGUUUCUUCUUCUUCUUGCCUUCUCUGCGAGCUUCCUCUCUCUCCCUCUGCCAUUUGUUACGGCUGCGUUCAUUGUUACUUGUUUUUCCACGAGCGUUGCCUUCAUCUUCCAACAGAGAUUCAGCAUCCCGUGCAGUUCACAAAUCUCAUGAACACAAAAUGUUCUGUAGAGCUGCUACUGAUGAUAGCGAGAGUUUUGGAGAAGACGGUCCAUGUCACGGUCAAGAAACGUCUUCACAUUCAUCCGCUUAGGUGUAAAACAUUCAUUGCCGGGUCUAGUGCAACGGAGUAUUGUGGCGUUUGUGAGACAAUUAUACACACGGAGCACAGAGUUUAUUCAUGCAAAGAAUGUGAUUUUCUUGGCCAUGUUGAGUGUUGUCUACGUAAGGUUAAUGGCGAGGAACAUAUUCAUGUGAUGAUACCGUGCAAGAUGAGUGAGCUUUUGGAACAAGCAAAGUGUGACAUCUGUGGAGGAGAAAUAUGUAGCAGCCCUUGUAAAUGCGAGACAUGCAGCUUCCAGUCACAUCACUUCUGCGCAGAGCUAGGGUGGCCAUCAAUACAUGAGUUUCAUCCGAACCACCCUUUGACUCUCCUUCCAUGCCCUCCAACAUAUCAAGCUGUGGAAUGUGGCAUCUGCAGCAAGGAAAUAUCUGAUUUCAAUCUCUUCUGUCAUGUAUGCAACUUCAUCAUUCAUAUCAGUUGCGUCUUAAAAGGGUCGUACACGUUCUUCUGUGCCGUUUGUGAAAAGAUGUUGAGUGGGAGAAUUGUUUCAUGUAUGGCCUGUGGAGAUUUGUAUCAUCCUCGGUGUAUCCAAGUUGAGAGGAAAGAUAUACACAACCAUCCGAUUCAUUGCUGCUACAUUCUUAGCCUUUCGAUCGCAAGCGGAGGAUCCAAGUGCCUUGUGUGCAAAGAGAAUAUUGCAAAGUAUAGCUAUGAAUGUCACACAUGCAAGGCCAGUUUCCACUUGAAAUGCAUCGAAGAAGCGGCGAGUGGAUCAAGAGCAGGAGGGUUCCACCAGCAUAAUCUCUAUAACUAUUGGGAGGAGGAUUCAACUCGAGAGUGCAGUGUGUGCGCUAGACCCUGCGGUAAGUCGUUCUAUGGUUGUGUAAGUAGUGACUGUAACUUCUGUGGCCAUGUGGAGUGUGUUGGGUUUCCAUGGGAUGUGAAGAGCCAGCUUCAUCGACAUGCUGUCACCGACAGUUUCCCUGACUCUGAAGAUCAGAGAUGUUCUCUUUAUGGAUCAAGCUACGACGCUGCUGGCAUUUACACGUGCAAUCACUGCGAGGACACGUUUCAUCUGACUUGA